GAUCGCUCUCACUCACAGAGCCGUGGUUUUUUAUUUGUAUUCCUCUUGAUUCUGGGGAGGGGAAAUACAUGUGGACAUCAUGAAAGUUACCUCUGCUGUGGUGUUGCUCGUCGCCGUGUAUUGGAGCCAGGAGUGGAAGUCGGUGCUCUCGGAUUCAAUCAUCCACAUCGGUGCCAUCUUUGAUGAGUCAGCACGGAAAGAUGACGAGGUGUUUCGUCUUGCUGUGGCAGAUCUCAAUUUGAACAAUGAGAUCUUGGAGACGGAGAAGAUCACCAUUUCAGUGGAGUUUGUCGAUGGAAACAACCCCUUUCAGGCUGUACAAGAAGCCUGCGAGCUGAUGAACCGUGGUAUCCUGGCCCUGGUCAGUUCAAUCGGCUGCAUGUCAGCAGGCAGCCUUCAGACUCUGUCCGAUGCCAUGCACAUCCCCCACCUCUUCAUCCAGCGUUCUCCAGCAGGGAGUCCCCGCUCCGCCUGCCCGCCCACCGGUCGUGUCCCUGGAACCGAUGACUACACCCUAAUGGUCCGCCCACCUGUUUAUCUGAAUGAGGUCAUCAUGCAAGUGGUGUCUGAGUAUAGCUGGCAGAAGUUCAUCCUCUUCUAUGAUUCUGAUUUUGAUAUCCGUGGUAUCGAGGAUUUCCUGGACCGGACCUCUCAGCAGGGAAUGGACGUCUCCCUGCAGAAGGUGGAAUCUAAUAUCAACAUGAUGAUCACAAGCCUGUUCAGGACAAUGCGUGUGGAGGAGCUGCAUCGAUACAGGGAUACGCUGCGCAGAGCCGUGCUGUUCAUGAGCCCAGCCACUGCCAAGGCUUUUAUCACUGAGGUGGUGGAGACCAACCUGGUGGCCUUCGAUUGUCACUGGAUCCUGAUUAAUGAGGAGAUCUCAGACUACGACUUGCAGGAGUUGGUUAUGAAGUCAAUCGGUCGGCUGACGUUGGUGCGGCAGAUGUUCCCCGUGCCCCAGAACACAACUCAGCGCUGUGUCAAACACAACCACAGGAUCAACACUUCCCUCUGUGACCCGAAAAACCCCAGGUCCCAGCAGCUGGAGAUCACCAACCGCUACAUCUAUGACACCGUGCUGCUGCUGGCCAACACUUUUCACAGAAAGCUGGAGGAUAGGAAGUGGCACAGCAUGGCCAGUCUGAGCUGCAUCAGGAAGAACUCCAAACCUUGGCAGGGAGGCAAGAGCAUGCUGGAUACUGUUAAAAAGUUCGGAGUGAGCGGCCUCACAAGUUUCUUGGAGUUCACUGACAACGGCACGAACCCCAACAUCUUCUUUGAAAUCCUGGGGACGAAUUAUGGAGAAGACAGGGGAAGAGGAGUCAGUAGGCUGGCAAUGUGGGACCCAGUCCACGGCUUGAACGGCACACUGACGGACAGGAAAUUGGAAAAUAACAUGAGAGGAGUGGUGCUACGCGUUGUCACCAUUUUGGAGGAGCCGUUUGUAAUGGUGUCUGAGAAUGUUCUGGGGAAACCCAAGAAGUACCAGGGCUUCUCCAUCGACGUCCUGGACGCACUGUCCAACUACCUGGGCUUCAAGUACGAGAUCUAUGUCGCCCCAGACCACAAAUAUGGCAGCAUGCAGCCUGACGGUCAGUGGAACGGACUGAUGGGUGAAUUAGUCUUCAAGCGAGCCGAUGUGGGUCUCUCUGCCCUCACCAUCACGCCUGAGCGAGAGAGUGUUCUGGACUUCACCACACGCUACAUGGAUUAUUCUGUGGGUGUUCUGCUGCGCAAGGCCGAACGCACCGUGGACAUGUUCGCCUGCCUGGCACCCUUCGACCUGUCACUGUGGGCGUGCAUCGCGGGCACCGUGCUCCUCAUUGGCAUCCUGGUGUACCUGCUCAACUGGCUCAACCCACCCCGGCUACCCAUGGGAUCUGUGUCCUCGACUACACUGUACAACUCCAUGUGGUUUGUGUACGGCUCCUUUGUACAACAAGGUGGAGAGGUUCCCUACACCACUCUGGCUACGAGGAUGAUGAUGGGCUUCUGGUGGAUGUUUGCUCUGAUCGUCAUCUCCUCGUACACUGCCAACCUAGCAGCUUUCCUCACCAUCACGCGCAUAGAGAACUCAAUACAGUCUCUACAGGAUUUAUCUAAGCAGACAGACCUGCCUUAUGGUACAGUGCUGGACUCUGCAGUAUACGACCAGGUGCGCUCCAAAUCUAUGAACCCCUUUGAGAGAGAUCCCAUGUACUCCCAGAUGUGGCGGAUGAUCAACCGCACCGGAGGAGGGGACAACAAUGUUGAGGAGUCAAAAGAAGGCAUCCGCAAGGUGAAGUUUGGGCGGUUUGGCUUCGUGUGGGACGCAGCCGUGCUGGAGUACGUCGCUAAUAAUGAUGAGGAUUGCUCCUUCUAUACUGUCAGCAGCCGCGCACCAGACCGUGGAUAUGGUAUCGCCAUGCAACACGGCAGCCCCUACCGGGACAUUUUCUCCCAGAGGUACGAGUAGUAACAGUAAACAACAGUCAGCGGCAUCCUUGACUGCAUUUUACUUGUAAUGUAACGCACGUUUCUCAUGCACGAUGAUGGAGCUGUCACUUUUGUUCCACGCUGUUUAUCUCAGUCAUAUUGUCCUCAGUUUUAGGUUGUGAAAUGUUCUCUUCUUUUA